GAGCCCGCUGGAUAUCUCUCUCGUCAUUAUAUUCCUGUCGGUUCUCCUCGAAAUUAUCUGGUCGCUGGAUCGAUCUAGGUUUGGUACACAUCAUGGAGGCGCCGAUGGUCGAUGCGGUGGCUACGACCGGCGGCCGAUUCGGCGGCGCGUUGGACGCCGACGACCCCGCGGCCUUGAAGGCCGCCGUCCGGAGCGUCGUCUACGAGGCCUGCAAGGGGCAGCUGUACGACGAGAUGCAGCGCCUCCGGCCCCUCAUCGCCUCCGGCUCCGACGCCGAGCUCGCCGCGGCGCUCCGCGUGACCUCCCUCGCGCUGGCCGACGCUGCCGCAGCCGUCGCCGAGGCCGACGCCGCCCUCCGCCUCCGGGGGCUCGCGGACGACCCCGACUUGAUGCCGCACUGGCGCGACAACCUCAGCGACAGCAUCCACCGCGCCGGCCUCGUCCUGGCCGCGAUACAGCGCUACCCGCCGGAGCGCUGGCGGAUGCAAGGCCAGCUGCUGGUGGCCGUUUUGCACGCCGUCGGCGAGAGUGCCUCGUACUGGCGGCACUGGGACCGCGUGCGGCCGGCCGGUCGUAAUCGUCCGACUUCGGCAUUAGGCGCCGUCGAUGGCCUAGCUUCGGGGAUCCAGGCCGUGCAAAUCUCUUCUUCUUCACCAGAAUAAUAAGGAGAAAGAAGCCAUAGUCGAUGAAUAUAUCUCGCAUUUCAGGCUUUAGAGGAUGGAGUUUUAGGGAAAUUGGACACCAUUUUAGUCCCAAUCCCCUCCCUACUUGGUGUCGUCAAUCGGUAAGUACCUGUUAUCUGUGGGAAUUUCAUAGAGAUGUUUCCCCUGCUUGGUUAGCAAAUUCGAUCGAUGGCAAAGCAAGUUAUGAUCAAUAAUCAAUAUGUUCUCUGUUUCGUCCUGAUUCACACCCCUUCUCUUUUAAUAAAAAGCACAGAAUGCGCAUCCAAUUGUCCUUCUUUUUAUCA